AUUUUCUGCUAAUUGCGAACUUUAAUGAGCGUUUUUCCAUCAAAACAUGCCUGAUUCUUAGCAUUUUAAGCUGGAAAUAUUAAGAGAAUGUGCUCACAAUUAUAAUGACACCCUUAAAACCCUGAAAUUCCUGAUGGAAAUCCUGAAAAUCGCCUUAGCUUUCUGGAAAACGUUUUAAAUUAAAUAUUAGGAAAAAAUGCGGUUCUUAAUACAAGACCCCCCUGGAAAAUUUUUACGCUGCAACAUAAUAGAAGACCCGGGGUCUUUUAUUGUGGAGGGGGGGGGGUUAGUGCAAUUUCUUAUAAAAACAAAAAUUUCUCUUUAUAUUGAAUUAGAGUUCCAGGCAAACAAACUACGAUAAAAGAAUUACGUGAUUUAUAUGAUCGUGGUUUUUCUAUUGAAUUAAAAAGUUCUUAUUCACCUGCGACAAUAUCAUCUUUAUUAAAAAAUUAUCUACAAUCAUUACCUGAACCAAUUAUUCCAAAGAAAUGUUUUGAUGAAUUUCUUGAAAUUGGUUCACGCUUAAAAUAUAAUCAAACAAAUGACUUAAAUCGUUUGAAACAAUUAAUAGAAACACAUCUUUCAAAUAUACAUUAUGCUACUUUAGCAUAUUUAUGCUUAUUUUUGAAAAGAUUAACUGAUCAUGUUCAAACAACUAAAAUGGAUUCAGAUAAUUUAGCUGUUGUUUUUGGAAGUAAUCUCAUUAGACCAGCAGAAGAGCUUGAUCUAUAUAUGUUUAAAGGUCAUAGCUAUAGUUUACUUCCACUAAUUAAAGUCUUAAUUGAUCAAAGCGAAUAUCUAUUUUCGAAUAAUUCAAUAAAUCAUCUACAAGAUUCUUAUGAACAUACCAAUGAAUCAAUAACAAAAUCAAGUGGAUUUUCAUCAUUUUCAUCAUUGUUAUCAUCAAAUGAUCAUUUAAUAUCAUCGAAAUCCCGUUCUGCAUCGAUGCCAUCAUUAUAUAUCACAACAUCGUCAUCGUGUGAUAAUGACAAUCUAUUAGAAGUGGAUGAGAGUAAAAGACAGCGAAGACAAUCUAUUGAAAAAUCAGAAAUAUUGAAAUCUGAUCCGAUGAAUACUAAUAAGCAAACAUCUUCCGAUGUUAAUCAAAGCCAUUGUGAAAAUAAAUCAGAUAUGGGACAAACACGAUUUGCUAGUACAGAUUUACUCAAUACAACUAACAAUGUUCAACAAAGAAUUAGACAUUAUCCAAGAUCAAUGAAUAAUAUUUUGACUCGAGAAAAUCAAAUAUCAGGUAAAAGAAAAUGUUCUUCUAUAAUAGAUUAA